AUGACCACCGGAAAAGCCUCGUCACGACUGCAGAGUCCGGGUGACCGAAAUGUUCAGAGUGUAGUGCUAGGAGACCUUCUCUUCAAGCCAUGGUACCAGUCCAUCUACCCGGAGGACCUGGUUGCUAAAGACUCCGAGUGUCUUCACGUUUGUCGGUGGUGCUUCCGGUACUCCUGUGAUCGAGUCGCCUUUGCAGAACACACCCGAAGAUGUGUGUAUCGAAAUACACCGCCUGGUAUCAAGGUAUACGAUCAUGGUGGAUAUGCAGUAUGGGAGGUUGAUGGGGAGGAACACAAGCUUUUUGGCCAGAACUUAUCCCUUUUCGCCAAGCUCUUUCUUGACCACAAGACCGUUUUCUUCGACGUCGCGACCUUUCUUUACUAUAUUCUCACCUUUACCGACCCAAAGAACCCAGAGAAUUACCAUGUUCUUGGCUUCUACUCAAAGGAAAAGCUUUCCUGGGAUUCGAACAAUCUUGCUUGCAUCUGUGUUUUCCCACCAUACCAGCAUAGACAGCUCGGGAAAUUGUUAAUGGGGGUUAGUUAUAAGCUCAGUGGCUGGGAUUCCCCCGGUGGUUACAUUGGUGGACCGGAGAAGCCUCUCAGUGAUCUCGGCCAAAAAAGUUACAAUCGCUUCUGGGCCGAGCGAAUUGCAAGGUAUCUGCUAUGCGGCAAACGCGGCGAAGGCGAGAACUCAAAACCUAGCAAUUUCUCCAAAGCCUCCAAAAAGAGACCCCCGCGUGAGACUAUAACUGUUGAAGAGGUCGGCCAGGCUACUGGCAUGUUGACAGAAGACGUGAUCACCGCUAUCAAGUUCAUGGGUGUUGUUCAGCCAGAGACACCGAGGAAACGCAAAAUGCCUCGUCUAAGCGGAGACGAUGGCCCGCCUCAGGUUCCAACAAUGCUCAUACGAAAAGAAGACGUCUGGAAAUGGGCUCAAGCCCAUCACCUGUCCUUAGAGGACCCUGUGAGGGAGGAUGGAUUCAUCCUCCCAGCUCCAAGUGUUUCCGAUGCCAGCCAGAGGGUUUCGGACGAGGAAUAG